UCAGUUCAGAAAUUCUAAUGAUAGUGCACAAUUUUAGCAGUCAAAUGAAAACUAAAGUCCGCCAGACCCGAUAGGUCAUUACGAUAGUGUCAUCGAUGUGUUGAUAUCGAUAAGAGUACAUACAUAAUUCUGCGGUCUAUCGUCAGCCCUGGCAAGAUCUUGUGUUAUAAUUUCAUAACAAUAACAUCAACAUGUCUUUUACACAAAAGCUGAAUAAUUACACCAAACGAAAGUCCUUUAAAUAUGGCGUGCCCUUUCUAAUUAUGAUAGUAGGCGGUUCUUUUGGACUACAGCAAUUUUCAAAUCUAAGAUAUCAGUACGCCAAAAUGCAACCAGUAACACCGGAAGAAAUGAAGAAGUUUGGUGUGACCAUGAAGAAACGUCAAGAAGUGACUCUUGAAUCUGAAUAUGAUAAGGUAAAAGGCAUAGACAUUGAGAAUUGGUCAAACAAGCGCGGUCCACGUCCGUGGGAAGAGGAAGGAUUGACGACGACAUCAUCUUCGCCUGCGACAAAGCAGUAAAUGUUAAAUAUAUAUAUAUUGUGAUGUAGACCUUAACGUUCAUUAAAUAUUGUAAAUAAAUGCAUUCAUAAUACAGUGCAAUAAAUUGUC